AUGCCAAAAUUCAAGUACCGCUGCCUCACCACAAGAAUUGACCAGCAGAAUCGGCAAGAUAUUAUACAGUGGGGUAUGUGCCAAUGUAUAGUGCUGUGAUGAAUAUCAGUUAAAACUUUAGUGAGUGGAAUACAAACAGCUUUCUCAAUUUUAUCAUAUGCACGCAGUCUAAAGUGAAAACUGGCAAGCAUCCUGAUCUUAUAAUUGAAUUUAAAUUAACAAGUCUUAUUAUUUUUAUCCCCAAAGUGGUCAGACAAAAUGGAGUUAUUAAGACUUUACUCACUAAGUCACCGCGUUUUCCCGCCCAUGUUAACUUUCUAAGGUUGUGCCAGCAUUCAUGAUAUGAUCAUGUCCAAAGUUCUUAAAUGACAUCACUUCCGAAUUUGAAAACAUCUUCAUUUUUAGGAAACAGCCAUCGUUUGCAAAUAAACGACCUCCAAAAGCAUAGACUGAAAACUUUUUAGAGUGGCGUUCAGUGUUAACUCAAAAAGCAAUAUUUCAUUGCCAAAUUGAUUUUUUCGGUGGCAUGUGUUCCUCAGGCUCUGAUAGAGACCCUACAGCAGUUAAAGCUUUGAAUAUAUAACUUUGGUUUCUGGUAGUAACACGCAACUACUAGCCCUGCAGACAUUUUAAUCAUUUAUCAACAAAAACUAACUAACUCUUUAGCUCACGUAUUUCACAGGUAUGACUGUGGAUGCAGACUGCAAAAACCUUAAAGACUACUUCAGCGCACCGAUUCGGUUGGUUUUGGAGCCUGCUUUUGACGCUGCGACGCAACUUAUUGAAAUGCAACCUAGCUGCAAGCUCCCGACUAAUAUCAGCGGCGACUGGUUUUACCCCAGUGAAUAUCAAACCACGGUUUGUUUUCUUAUUGGUUGACUUUGUAUUAUAUUGCUUAAACUAAAUUUGUCUGGUUUCGAAAAUGUCUACACCUUUAGAAUUUUCACAAUUACUUUCAUUCCAUAUUACAUCAUUGUAGAUGUUAAAUCAAUACCUGGGUCUGAUAAAUAUAAUUAUCUAUACGUUCAUUUGGUCUCCGACAGACUGACGAAAAUGAAUAGAGAGGACAUUGCUUUUAUCUCUAGACCCUUUGUGCGCACACCCUCUAUCAAGAAAAUGGCUUUUUUUAAAAAAAUUUCUGUUAUGCUAUUCUGAAUUGUUGGCGGACUGACUGAUGUCAAGUAUUUCUUAACAGUAUAAUUAUAUACGUUGUGAAAAUCUUUAGGUACUUGAUAUGGGGGGAGGCUGUGAUGACUUGCUGCGUAAUAAAACAGGAAACAGCGGAGGAAUAUGGAAUCAAAUAUUGGCAUUGUUGGCACUAUUGUUGUUGUUGUAUCUUUCAGCAGCUCAGUCUCAGAAACUGGCAAACCCAGCUCACUGUCCUAUUAUGUUUGCAUCAACACGAAAAAUUAGUCGGUUAUUAAGUUCCGACAACAAAAUCAAGAAUCAACCUGACCGGUAGCCUACACUGCUAAUGGUUGUUGAUAUGACAAAAACAUAAUGCGAUUGUCUGCUAAUUUCACCGGAAAAGUACGUCACAAACUUAUCAUUUUCGGAUAACUGAACGACUAGGACUACGUUUUCGGAACAUUAAACCCCUUACAGACAUAUCCCCGUGAAUACUAACCCACACAUAAGACCUUUUGGAGGUCGGAUUUUUGUUACUUCAUCUGUUCCCCCUUUUAUGCCUUAUUGCCGUUAGAUCGGCAAAUUAUAGACCUAAAAACGUUUUCUUUGUAUCAAAGCAGGCGGCAUAUUACAGUUAUGCGAGUUUUCUAGCUGGGGGACUAAUAUUCGGACAUUUUGCAGGUGAAAAUCAACUCAACUCAUAUUUACAUGCGACGACGGAGAGACUCCUACACUUUUGAGGAUAUAUACUUCGUGUGCCGCCAGCAACAGCUUUCUCGGUAUUUGAUGGCUGUGGUCACAAAAGGCCAAUGGUAAUUGCUGGUUUUAAUUUUUAAGUUUUAAUCAUUACUUUUUUCAUUUACAGACCUUGUCCUGCUUUUUACAGUACGUUUGCUACAAACACCUCGGUCAUUUUUGAAUGCAAAUGCUUCUGAUAUUUACGAGUAUUUUGUAAAAUGUAGGCAAAAGUUCACAUUGGUUUGUUAAAAUGUAAUUGCAGAACGCUUUUGUCUUAUUUAAGGGAUCGACGAUUUAAAAAAGCUCCUGGCCAGAUGAAUUUCAAAUAUAAGUAAGAAACUUAACCACCGUUUUGAAUGGAGUAACUGCUGGACAUUAAAUACUGCGCAUAGGAAUAGCGAACGUUGUGGUCGAGGUAAUUUACUCGGGAUGUGAACAACAAGGCACUUAAUUUGCGUGGUACAGGAAUAAACAGUGACCAAACAGUGACUGGGUUUUCCCUCUUUCUCAAAUUGACAGUGAAAUCGACUUGAUGUGCUUUGAACUGAUGCCGCGUCAUCACAACAUUGCCCGUUUUCGCAUGGGACGUCCCUUUCCCCUUGACCCGCGCACAAAAGCCGCUCUUGGUGCAGACUACAUGCUGCGCAUGUUCAAAGAGGCCUGUCAUUGGAGCUCUUUCACUCUAAAUUACAUUGAAUGGACGUACGAAUACUUCGUCCUCGACCCGCCCGUUCCCAUCAAUUGUCCCAUCCAGGGCAAAUUCAAGUUCAUCCAGACAGGUCAAGAGGCCGAAAAGUACGUCUUCAAGAUGCCUCGCGGAAUGACGCCGAGACCUUGGCUCCAGGUACGCUAUUGGCUGAGGUCCCUUUCCUUCUCGAGCGUUUGUUCCAGCCGCAGCCAAUAGAAGGCGAUGACCAGUUAGUACUGGCCAUUUAAUAGUACUUUAUAAGCUUCAGUGACACGAAACUUGCCCUUAGUUAUAUCACAAUCCUAGAAAUCUUGCCCUCAAAUAAAAAAAACAGUACAUCAAUGAGGUUGCAGUAUCCUGUAGUAUGAAAUCUUAUCAGAAACUGGUUUCCGCACGGCAGGAUGCCUUUAUUAAUUCUUAAUCUCUCCAACUAUCUGCUUAAACUAUGCCAACCAAAAGCUUGUGCACUUUUGUCUGAUUCCUGAUAUGCCCGUAAAUUAGACGCAUUUCUUGGGUAACAUGCACCGAUGUUUCGGAAGAAGGGUCUCUCUGGACAGCUGUUUUUGCAGAGUGUGUUCUGCACCUGAUAGAUAUCUUCCUCGAUAGUUUUAUGAGAAUAGAUGCGCGGCACUCUAGACGCCAUUCCCUCGGCUGAAUUUCACUUUAGAUUUAGACGAACAAAACCGUGAAGAAAAGUAUAACGUUUCUGUUUGAGACAUGCACUUUUGAGCGUUCGUGUAAUCUAAAAGUUUCUGGUUACUACAGUUUUUUUGAAGAAUGUGGAACUUUAUCCACAUUCACUGUAGUCUUUUUUACCCAUCGGACAGUCUCGGAAUAGGAACACAUGUAUUAUUUUGACCAAAUAAUGCGUAGUUUCAGGCAGUACUUUUCAAGAGGAUGCAAGCUCUCGGCAAAUAACUGAAAUAACAAGCAUUUUGUUUCUCUUCCGCGAAAUAUGGUCGAGUUAGAACAAUUAUCAGGAAAUGAUGGAAAACAAUACUUUUUUCCUAAGCAGUACUGAUGUAGAUGGCUAAACGAUUCCCUGCAAUGUGUCAGUAUGCAGAAUCCACACUGAAACCCUGCUUAGGUCAUUUUUUCUUUCAAGAGCACGUUUGAAGGAGAUUUCUCGAAUGUUGCAGCCCCUGCUAAUAUCUACUUCUAGGUGUGCUUUUUCGUAAUCGUUUUCUUGCAACUUUGAGAUUCCUUGCCAUGAGUACUGCCAACGAUAUAAUUAGUCGAGAGCCGAGCUUUUUCAAACGUUGCCGUACUCCCUGAAGAGCGCGUUAACCGAUUUUCUUGAUUUGGAGGCGGAGAGUGGGGUUCUAAUGUAGAACUCUUAUAGAUACUAAGCCAAAUGGUCAUUCUGGUCGUAUUCGCCGUUUUAAUGCCUCUCUUGCAGGUCCUGUGCUACGAUUAUUGGCAAUCGGACAUUCAAGCCUGCUUGGAAGAUCCGAAAAUUCUAAAACUGGACGUAGAGCAGUGCUGGCGUCUGGACUUCGCUGGCCAUCCAAUAUCGGAGUACGACGUACCAGACAAUUACAUCAGCUGUGUUGGUUACUGGAUGGAGGAUACAAAGUCUUAUCUGAUCACAUAUGACCGAGAGGACCCCGUAAGUAGCUUUUGUUGUCCUAAUUGCUUCCGUUAUAAUGCACAAUAAGGACGAGUUUCUUUGCGGCACUUCUGACUGAGGAGUCUACAUCUAUUCGGACAAUGGGGAAUCGAACUCAGAUUUCCCUGUUUUCCCAGUGGGCAUAUUAUUUGACAGGCAAUAGGACGCAGGAAUAGGAGCCCAAUCGCAAUAUAGGCGGCCUUGAGGUUAAUUCCAGAAAGUUUGGGGUUGGAAUCAGAUAUGGGGUUAGGGACACGGUUGUGGUUAGUGUUUGGGCUAGUGUUACGAUUAGGGUUUGGAGAGAGAAACAGGUGCCCCCUAGAAGUUAACGCAAGGCCGUCUAUUCCCUUUUCUCACAUAACAGACUGUCACUGAGAGCACCAGAUGAGCGUAUUUGGGUCAGAUUACAGUCCGCGGCUUCGCUGUUUAUAUGGACAUGCUAUUUCGCCAAAUGUGUAUGUUUUCUUUUAACUUUGUUGCCGUAAAGCUUUUCAAUGUCCCCUGUAUGCUCCAUGAGUUAUCCAUGGGCCGGUCCUCCUGUCAUAUGUGGUCGAGAUUUGUCAGUGCGUAGAAAAUGGAUCUUGUAUCUCUGCUUAGUGAGGAUGACAAUCGGUUGCGCCAGGUUGGCAAGCCACAGAGACUCGAAGUAAUAGAAUUACCUCCCCCACCAAAAAAGAAAUAAUAUUAGACUCUGGAAGUCCAUUACUGACUAUGGGGUGGAUCCUAGUUGCUACUGAGUUCUCACUGUUGAAUCCCUUUCAGUGGUCUCCCUAGCUCUUGAAGGAACUGCAACAGCGUUAAAUAUAGCCAACAAACUCGUUUUAUCGUAAUGCCGCAAACUCUGAAACUCAUGGAGUAUUUGGUAAAAUCGAAACUAUCUUUCUUGGGGAAGUGAUACCAUCAGAUUUUUCCAUUAUUCCUUUAAUGGGUGUUUUCGACUUAUUUGAAUAACUCGCUUGCAACAUUUGUGGCAUACUCGACGACUUGGUGUGGCUCGAAUCUAGGACAGCAACCAAAAGUCUUGAAAACAGCCAACGCUCUAGCCAUCUGAGCUACGAUGCUCCACUGGGAGCCGUAAUUUUAAUCACAUUUGUGUCAAGUUACCUACCCAGCCUACUGCGGCGUGUGGACUACACCAAUUCCGGCAUAUUAAGCUGAUUGCCCAAGCCGAAUUUCUUAAGCAGUCAACUGGGUGUCCAUCGGAUGACCAUCGGAUUCACCUAAUUACGAGGUACCAUACGUGUCUGUGGGCUGGGCGGGUAACUUAACGCAAAUGUGAUUAAAUCACGGCUCCUGGUGGGAUCUCGUAGCUCAGGUGGCUAGAGAAUUAGCUGUACGCAAAAAUUUCCCUUCUUUUCGUGGAUUUGAAUAUUACCGAGGCCGCCGGGUCUUUCACUCCUGGGCCAAAUGAAUUGUUUCUCCUUUACUCAGGAUUCUUUAUACAUGGUGACAUGUAUUAAGGAUGGAUUUACGAUAUGUAUGUCUUUUACGUCAAUCUGCAAGCAAUUAGCGCCUAGAUGACGGAUGUAGUUUGUACCUAAGAACUUCAGAAAUCAUUGCUGUCUGAAACGCAAUCAGCGUUUUGGCAUAUUCGUACGAAUAUUCUUUGAUGCGCCUUGAUGAUCCUUACCAGGUUGCUACGGAGGGCAUCCAAAACCUCACAGAAUAUACACGCACAAGUAAGAGAGGGGAAAACGCGCUUUGUGCUGGAGUAUCAUUCCGAAAUUAUCAGUAAGAGCCUCCUCCAUUCACAGUAACCGGAAUACAAAUAGAUAGAUAACGAGGGGGUAAGUGGAAUUGCAUAACACUGCGUAACUAUUACGCAGACAGUUGGAAUCUCAGUGUCUGAAUUUCAGUCUUUUUACAUGUAAGAUGUCGUGUCAUAAAUGGUAAAAGGGAACGUCGAUAUGUCGAUGUAUGGCAAGGAGUAUGGUGGAGGCCACGGCACAUGAGGAGACGGGCAACAAACUUAAUGGGCAGAAUGGAUAAAUAUACAGAUCUUAGACGGCACGUAGAUUCCGCGAUGCGUUUAAAACAUUACUUAAAUUAGUUUACUCAGAAAAAUGAUUUUCCCAUUUUGUAAAGUAGCCUCUGAGGAAGGUGGCAGGUUCCACGAAUAGAAUAUGAAAUUUCAUUUCUUACAGUGCCUAUCUAGAAAUGUUGGCUGAUUUUAUACAAGAAUAUGAAAACAACUGGACACUGUUGUUCACUUUAGUGGUAUUGGUCCCAUCUUAACUCUUAACCUAUGUUAAUUCUAAAACCAUCUUAACAGUUUGAUAAAAUUUUUCCCCAAGAAUGCGAGGCUGUGAAAAACUAAGGCCAGGAUUAAUUUAAGUAAGUUGCUUUAAAAAAACGGUAUUCUAGACCUUUAUAGUGGCUUUAUUAAUUUUGGCGCAUAUUGUGUAACGGAAAAAGCUCUUUGGCACGAUUAAUUAUUUGCUCGCCUGCGAGAGGUGUUCCUAUCUUACAUUUGCUUUGAUUUUCAUCUCAUAAGUGAAUUUUGGUACAACAUAUGGUUCUCAGUUUAUCUAAAGUACUCAGGUAAUCGUCUUAUUUCUACCUUGUUGCGGUAAAUCAGUCGGUAUCGACUUUUCAUAUUCUUAUAAAGGAAGACGGGUAGCUGCCACUUGAACUCAUUGCUAAUAAACGUUCAGUCCGACACAAAGUGUUUUUCGUUUUAUCAGGGACUCCUAGAUAACAGAUUAUGAUCGUAAGUCGAUGAAAAAAACGAGAAGCGUGUUCAAGUUAGAUAUAAAUAUUGCUCCUUCUGAGACCGCUAAAUGUCACUCCACUGGUCGUACCAUAUUUCGUAAGCUGAAAAAUUUCAAGGUGCUUAAGGAUGGCGGUCAUCUGGACUUCAAUCACCGUGUUGAAAAAGCGUUCCAGUUUCGUCCCAACUCUGAUGAGUAUAACGUCGAACGCUAGUUCGUUCGACUUUUCUUCUCCUUUGCCUACAAGCCAUAUCUCUGAAAACUGGAGUUCGAUAAAAUCUGUCUGUCUGGGGGUAACUUCAGCGUCUGAACUGUUCAAUAUCUAGAAGGCUGAAAUCUUGUCGCCCCCGUCUAUCUGCAACCAAGAGUAGGCAGAUGUACCGCACACAGUACUUAUGGGAGUUAAGGAAACUUUAGUUAAGACACAAUUUCGUGACGCAUCAAUAAACUCCCUGAGUUUGCUAUUUAGUCAUGUUCUCUGUGUUUUCACAAUUUAUUCCAGAGGUGGUCCAACGGAAGCUCUGGAAAUUUUGCUGUGAAGACUAGUGUGUGUUCUAUUAAUCUCAUCGUUACCAUCAUAAGUUUUGCCGCUUUUAAGGAUUAUGCUUUUCUGUUAAGUCGUCUUUCACCAAAGCUCCAAGAUUCCUCUUCAUCAGAGGUCUGCUGAAGAAGUAUUGCUAGGAAUUUCUUGUUCACCUUUGUUGUACUGUGUCAAAGACCCCGUCAGGCAUUUGGAUUUAUUGAACUUCAUCGGGCACUUUUCACCCAGUUUAAGUUGGCCGCCUACAUGUCAUUUGCAGGAUAACUUCUUAGUCUGCGGUCCAAAUAAUCUGCGAUACUUCAGAGUCACCUGACCUCGUCCACCAGAACCCGCGUGCGGGUCCGUGGAGACAUCACUGUUAUCAGCAGCCUACUAUCACACGUCCCUCAGCAUCAUUGAUCCUGUUCGCAAGAAAGAAUUUUUAGCCAUCACAGAAGGUUAUCGCUUACAUCCAGCUGAGCGGACUUAUGGCAGCGGUAUUGGCGUGGAACACAGUCAACCCCUAUGUCGAGGUAAAAAGAGUCAGUAUCCUCAGAUCACUCCGUAUCCAGAAUGUUCGUCCGAUCUCUCACUGUGGUUAAACUACCUGUGGGGCAAGGAUAGGCAACGCCGCGUGUCCUUAAGGUGAGACCCUUUACCCUUAGUUGGUUCCGUCUCUGAGGACGACUUCCAGCAAGAAUCCGAAAGGUCAGGCUACUGGAGCUCUUGUUCCAACGAACACGUCUUCUUCUUCGCGACUGCUUCCUGAAACUCGCCUCUUCGCUACUACCGCCUUAACGUACAUGUUUGUCCGACAGUGGAGCUCGGUGCUCAUUAGUGAAGUCUUUCCGUCUAGCAAUAAAUGCCCCUAAAACUGACUCACCUGAAGUGGUUGGCGUUGAUCACCUUUGUGAAAGGGCAUGACAUGUCUCCGUUUCCACGAGUCUGAAAGCCUACCGCAAUUUAACGCCCGUUGAAAUUUGAUAGGGAAGACGUCUACCAGUUCCUUCUCUAGCUACCAUGCGGGCCGGAUGGUGUAUCCGAGUUCAAGUUUUGCAAUCUCAACGUUAACAUUGAUUCGGCAAUCUGAACCAAUUUAUGGACGCGGCUUGGUGCCACAGUUCUGCGUAGUGUCCCUUUUUGUUCAUUAACAAGACCAGACGGUUGCAUUUUAUGAUGUGCGGUGAAAAAUGUUAAAAUUUUAAAAAUUAGGGUUAGGAAAGAAGGAGACGAUAGUUUAGUUACUCAACCCUAGUGCGUUUUAUUGAAUCUCCGGUUUUUUUAAAUUGUGCAGUACUUACGAUAAAAAGAUCCGUCCGUACUGAAAGGACCUAGACAGAAGUUUUGUUUUCUGAUGACUCGCGGACACAAUCGCGUUUUCCUCGUCUUUAAGUGCGGCGUGGUAAUCAAUGUAAUUAUUGCGUUUGCGUGUAAGCUUGAGGGUGAUUUUUAUUACUAAAACGUUUCGACUCGAAAAUUGUACUCCUAAGAAGACUGCGCCCCGUGACCUAACUAUCUACAUGUCCAUCUCGGGGUUUUGAGCUGAUAAAACCUCUGGAUGUCAUUUGUAACAACACAUUUCGGAGCCAUUGGCUCCUUCUUGUCCAUUUUUUUAGCCAGCACGUGUUCCGUCCUAGGGGCUGAGUAAAAUUUGUAUGGGUGAGGCAAUAGCCCAGUCCAGUGGGUCCCUCGUUUUUUUUAUUUUUGGCCCAGUUGCCUAGUUAUGCUGCACGUCUUUGCAGAGAAAAUAGCUUUGGUACGUUCUUUGUGUAGAUUGUCUUGUUGAGACAAUCAUAUAGUGAAAACGCUCUGCGACUGUCUCUGCUGAUGGGUUCGAGCAAGAAUCCAGAACCUCAGGUCAAUAAACUUCUUGCUCCAGUGAUCGCAUCAUCUUCUGAACAGUCGUGCAGGAAAACUGCUUUCCGUUAUUUGUUUUUGGAGAACUGGGAUUGACUACUGAAAUUUCAGCCAUUAACGCUGCCGUCUGACUCCGUUCACCCCGCCCAUAUGGCGUGGCCAACGGCUGGGAUUUCUAAAAGUGGCCUAAUUUAUUAAAUUUUUCGAAGGAAAGUAGCGGGUAGUUUACUUGUGCGGUUGUUUCUGUAGGGGUAUCUACGCUAGGAACGUCCACACACUAACCGUAUUGCAAAAACCUACAGUAUUAUCGAUGUGUUGUGCUAAAACCAAAGAACGAACGACGCUUUGGGCUGGCCCCUAUUUCCCAACAUCCUGAUUUGGCCCAGUCCUAAGGGGGAAGGGCAUGUGCUAGCAGUUAAGUCAUUCUGAUAGAAUACUUUAAACCAUUAACUGUCCGCACGAUAUGCAUGCAGCAGCCUUUGCAACAAACCUUCAAAUCUGUCCCUACAAUCAUUUAUAUGUUUUUUUCAAUAGAUUCUGUCUAUCAACGUCCUCUACAGCUUAUCUCACAGACCUAAUUCCCUUUUCGAAGACUUUUUGCGGAUCAUUCAUUUUCCUUCACUAUAAAAAGUACUUUCAGUUCCCUCGUCGAGGUGUCAUAGUCAUUCGAGCCAAGUGGAGAGCUGAUGAUUAUUUUGCCAACAUUUUAUUUCCCUGCCCAGGCAGUUGGGCCUUUGUCUGUCCCGAUACCUUUUUAGACAAAAUGUUCGUUGAAAGAAUUCACCCAGGGAGAGAGAGCUUACAUCAUUCAUCAAUCAUCGACAAAUUCUGGUUUAUCGUGGGCCCAUUAAACCUGCCAAUGCGAACAGGCUUUCUUCACCCACCCCAUAGUGAUUUAGGAAUUAGUAGCCUGAAACUAGAUUAAUCUCCUCUAAGACAUAGAGGAUUAGAUUGCAUAGCCUCAUUUCAAUAUGUUCUGCACUUAUCAUGUUCUUCACACUUAACUUAUGUCACUCUUUAAGAAAGAGGCUUAUUCCUCCCUUUUUGCUCUCUCUAUCACGAUCAUGUGAUUAUUAGCCGUCUGUUUGCAGAUUCCAGUUACAUGUUUUGCCAGUGAAUCCUUGCGUACGUACCGAUUUGGGUCCUAGGCAAACUUCGAUUACGCUUUGUCUUCAUAAAAAGGGGAGCCAUUUUUAUUUUCUAAAGGUUUUCCCCAACUGACAGCAUAUAGCUCUCGAACUCCUGUCUCUCGUUUUCGUUCAGAUGGCCGAGUAUAGCUGCUCUUUGACACCUAUAGUAACUUAAGAAGAUUUGUCGAGAAUGAACUAGAUGGCACCCUAUCAAGGUGGGUGAAAUAGGGCGUCACGCGUGUCGGCGAGCGACCAAUUAUUUGACAUUACCUCCCGAAAAAAACCUCAACCGAAGCCUUAUCACCCGAUUCUAGAUUCCACUGCCCCUGCCUGAAACCCAAUCAGCUAGUGCUAGACACGCAGUUCGAGAACCUGCUGAAUCAAACCCACGACCUUCAGCCAGUUUCGGCAGAGACUAUACAACAUCUUAUGUCCACGUUAGUCAACUGCCUUUGUGAGUACCUGAGCAGUGGCCACAAAUGUCGAGGCUUGCGGACGAAGUCCAACAUAGAAAAGUUAAGGCAAACCCCGUAGAACAAAGAUAUUCUAAUAGGUAGACCAGGUAAAUCAGAAGGCGUUGUUUUGGUGAACAGGGCAGACUACAUUAAAAAGACAGUCAGCUCUGUUGGAUCAGGAAAAUUUAAGGACAGAAAAGGAGAGGGACGGCACAGGCCAGGCUGGAACACAACUGACCGGCUGUUUAAGAGGAUUUCAAGCAGAUGGUUUCAUAAGUGAACACGGCGUAAAACGUCUCCAACCAAUUUGCACGCAUAUACCUCGGUUAUAUGGCCUGCCGAAGAGCAAUAGAGAUGGCACGGCGGUUCGUCCAGUCCUGGAUAUGAGGACCUCGCCGUACCAUACGAUAGCGAAUUGGCAUGCGGAUAAACUUAAGCCGUGCAAUAUCAACCAGCGUCACAUAGCUAUCGAGAUAUUUUUGAAAUCGUUAGCAGAGUGAAGGACCUCGACCCAGUAGGAAUGGUCAUUUUUUUCCGGAUUUCAUGUCUCUCUUUAGGAAUGUAUCGGCCACGGGAACCGUCAAAUACCUCUGUGGCUCCAUUGGCCUCCAUUUGGAGGAUAUAGGAAUGCUGGUGAAUGUCCUCAAGGAGUUAUUAUUCAGAUGCAUCUUGAACGUUCAGUUCCUAUAUAAAUACAAUCUGUAUAGAGUAAUGGACAUAGUAGCAUUGAGCUCAGCUCUUGGACCGCUUUUGGCGAAAAUAUCCAUAAACAAGCCAGACGCCUGCCAGCUUUAUCAUCAGAUCAACGAUCUGAGGUAACAUGGACGCUACGUGGAUGAUAUAUUCGGGAGUACCCCUCAACAAAACGACGUCUCAGUUUCCCUGGAUGAUAUAAAUCAGGCGAACGCAUCAAUUAAAUUUAGGAUGGAAGAAGAACAGUUCUGGUCGUUUCCCUCUCUGGAUGUGCGUCUAUCGUAAUAAAGCGUGGUCCGGGCAACACACCUAGUUUCGGGAUUUCGUACCACCAAAUUAGAAGCCUAAAUUGGUCUGCUUUUGGCAAAAAGGGUUGGAAGGAUCUGCUCGGCCGAAAGCAUUAAGAGGGAGGGCUUAAGACUGUCAAACGACUCCUUCUUCAGAACGGGUACCCUGAUCUGUUAAUGUCUAAAAACAUGGCCGAAAGAUCACUAAAACUUCCGAUGCUGACAUCAGGAAAGAAACGGCUUUAUAGCAGAGUUCUAUUCCGAAGGGACACCCCGGGUGAAUUUUUAAGAAGGCACCUAACUUAAGCUGUAUCGCGUACCUUCUCAACAGUUGGCGCCCGUUCACUGUUCCUCAAUAUUCCCAUCUCAUACGGAGAGGAUAAGGGCAAACUGCCUACCCAGACCACCUUCUUCGUCUGCUCCUGUGAGGCAGAAUAUAUCAGUCGCACGAGUUGCCGUUUGUCCAAAGGAAUAGAACAUCUUCCAGCUCGGUUAGGAAGGGGUCAAAUGAAGAACAUUAACAGCUCUAUCCUCAUACACGUGGUAAGUACGGAUCACCGUGUAGAUGCCGGUGAAGCUUUCUGAGUGAUUUGCAAUGUCCUGUCAAGCUAUCCAAAGGCAUUUGGACAGCGUCUGUUGGCUACGACAGGGACAGCUGCAAUAACGUUACGCAAUCCGGUCCUGUGUGUACAGAAGAACUUCGUACAGGUUUCACAUUUGUCGUGGGUCGAAGCCACUGCGCCAGCUAUCCAGACAUAAUUACCUUUUCCGGCGACCGCCGUCGAUCGGACGCUGACUGCAAUUUCGUACUUCACUUCCCCCCGCAAAAAAUCCAACUACAUCAUACCUAUUUACUUUUCUGCGUCUUCUUUCAUUAUUUCAGUAAUAAAUGUGCAGGUCUGAAGUGAAUUUACAGAAAGCAAACGUAUACCCGCCGAAUUGUUUUUUUUCACAUUUUUCAACCCGAGUUUUUGCAGUUCUGUGUAAUUUUUACUAAUUAGUUGAGAAGUAGCACUCAUUCUUUUUCGAGCUGUAUUGUAUUCUUCAAACGUCGGCCUCGAUUUCUGCUCGAAUGUGAGUAAUGCUCUGUUUUUUACGGUAGAUCCAGAACCAAGGGAUCCACUCCGAAUUGCCAAAGCACAUGAGAGUUGUCCUUGAAAAAUAACGUGAAAAGAACUCCAUCUUCUCAGGCAGGUUGAAAAAAUUGAGUUGGUUCGGUAAAGGUUGGCGUAUAUUGAGCCAUCUGGUUGGGGGCAGGAAAGCACCCGAUUGUGUUCUGUUGUGAAGGUGGUUGUUAAAGGAUUUAAACUUACAGAAGCCCCUGUUAACGUCAAGGGAAUAGAGAUCUGGAUCGAGCCGAAAACGACAAGUUUGCAUCCUAACUCGUUAAACAUGAUGGCAGAAACAAAUGCGAUGAUGUUACGUAAAUAAACAUUACACAUUUUGCUCAUUCGUCAAACUUCCACCAGAAAAUUUCCUUUUCUCCUGUAGAAUAUGUGUCUAAGUAAUUGUAUCAGGCAAAAUGUUUAGAAAUUUAUGCAGAAAUCGGCAUUACGGUAUAUUCGGACGAUUGCUUAUGUUAUUCACUGUCCUAGGCCUAGUUUAUGCAUCUGAGUUAUUUUUAUUUGAGUGGCAAGUGAGUUAACUUUGAGAGCUUUACCAAACCGAACUUGCCAUGCUUGCAAGUUGAUUAUUUGUCAAACAUCUACCGUGGGAAGCAGGUUGAGAACGAACAUCUAACUCUUUUGGAAAACCAGACGUUCGGUUGAUUUUGAAAAGUCAGCUGUGCAAUUCUUUGUGGUUUCAUGUCCUAAAACGCAGCACCAGCGCCUAUAGGCAAUUCUUUGUUUAAAUAUGCCGAUAUUCACUUACCAUUUGCCAAUACGUUAUGAGCGACCGUUGAAAUAACCAACGUCGGACGUUCAUUUUAAAUUUUAACAUAUAAAAAGAUCUUUUUUCGCGGGUUUGUUUCUGCUUGUACAUAGUUUAGAAGCGGAGUGGACAAAAUAUUGGCAGUUUGAGGAAUAUGUCAGUAUUUAUAUGGCUACCCUCCCGUGCAUUCAUGAUCGUAGGACGACGCCCAAAAGUAAGCAAAGAUAGCAAGAAGAGCUGCAGUAUUAAGAAAAGUGCAAGUUCUUGCAUUUGCAGUAGAAAAAUUAUCAACCUUCAGGAUAAUUAAAAACAGCCAAAGUGCCGAUUUUGCACGUGCUUUUCCGUGUGAAAAGGUCAAGUAUGUGUACAUCUAUCAAUAAAAUACAUUAUUAAAUCACCUUUUACGUGGAUGACUCACCGCAGAAAGUUCUAAUUAAGAAAAAUGCAAGUUCUUGCGUUUGCGGUAGAAAAAUAGCCAAAUUUCAGGAAAAUGAAUAUGGCUUUUCGUGUGAAAAGGUCAAGUAUGUGGACAUCUGUCAGUCGAAUACAGUGUUAAAUCACCUUUUAAGCAGAUUAUUCAUCGCAGAAAGUUUUUAAAUUGAAAUAAAGAAUAUUUAUAUUGUUUUCGCUUUGGUCGCCACUGCCGUCCCACAGAUUGAACUUUUUGUCAUUCAUUAACUGAGCUCGCUUUUGCUCCAUUCGAUUAAGGCAGUAUUUUGCCCGUCAAUAUAUGCGCUCAGUGUCAGAUGAGGACAGAUUCGCCAUGUCUGUUUCCAUCCUGGAUCGCUUGGUUUGAGUGUUAUAUGUGUCCCUACGUAAGUUUAUAUGCAUUUGGGUAUGCCUCUGGAGGGUUACAGGCACAGUCUUUGGUAAGCCGGACAAGAAAAAUUCAAUAUGUUCAUGCUCGUUCAGUAGAAAAUGCAAUUGUUUGUAAUGUGACCACAUAUUCUUCGCAAAAUCUUUGUAGAUGAGCGCUGUUGCUCACGGCGGCUCCGCGUAGUGGGUGCGUAAUUCGCGAAUUUUGUUUCAAUGCUGGUUAUACGUAGUUACAUUGUGAGAGGCCAUAGCUGGUAACGAUAGCAUGCUAACCGACUCCUGUCCUUAUGGGCUCUACCUUUAAAUUGCACUCUAACGAUUUGAGGACUUAAUAUACGCUCCGCAUUUCAGGUAACCAAUCGCUUUCGCUGUUGGGUAUACCAACGACUGAGCCUCCGCACUUACGCCAUGUCACGAAGCCUAGGCAAUCGCUGUGGUAAAAUGCAAACAGCAGAAUCCUCCCUGCCGGAGGAAGGAGCAUCCCUACGUCUCGAGCUUGUCGAGAACGAGUACGAGUUCGAUGUCUGUCCAAUGGCCUUCGACGACGGCAAGAAUCCAUACGCAAAUCCUGCGGUCCUUAACGUCUACGCCCCAGGCUGUCGUGUGCAAUCCCCACAGCUUCUGCUAUUGGGCCUGUUUGUAUUGCUGACCUGGACGUUACUCAACCGUGGCGGGAUCGAUGUACUCUGA